AUGUGUAAAAUAGCGGGGGAGAAGGGUCACGUUGAGCUUUAUAUAGUCCAUAAGGUUGAGGAUGCUGAAGAUUUUCCCGAAGUAGGGUUUCUUGAUGUUGGAGGCCAGAGUGAACAGAAUCAGCAGGCGGAGAGGGCCAAUGAUGAAGAGGUAAAUAAUGAGCAGCAGUUGGUGAUAUUUCAGGGUGAACUGGGUCAGGAGGGGAAAAGGGACAAUGUGGAGAAGGUUGAUGUGGGAGAUAAAUUGAACCCGGAGGAGCAGGGCAAAUCGAACAGUGACGAUGAUAGCAAUGAUAAGGAUUUCAUUCCAUCUGCUGAUGAGGUUGACAGUGCAGAUGAUGUUGUGUUUACUGACAGAAAUGGGUUAGCUGUUAGUGAUUUCAAUGAUGAGGAAGGGUUCAAUAGUGAUGAAGUUGAUGUGGAAUAUGAAGUUGGAGGUGGUUCAGAGAAAGAGGACAGUGAGGAUGAUGAUAACCAUGAGGCUAGUCGAUAUCCAAUACAUAGAGAUGUGAAAGACAUGACAACUUACAAAUGGGAAGUUGGUACCGUAUAUGCUUCAAGGGAGGAAUUCAAGGACAUUGUUACAGCUUAUGCAGUCCAAACAAGAAGGAGACUUAGGUAUGCCAAGCUUGACUUGGUGAGAGUGAGGGCUGUUUGUCAAGAGGGCUGUCCGUUUUGGUUAUACGCAGCAAAAAUGAGUGAGGAAGAGACUUGGCAGCUCAGGUCAAUGAACCUUAAGCAUACCUGUGGCCAGUCACACAGGGUAGGGAUACUGCAUACUGGUUGGCUGAGUAGGGUUUUUAGGAAGAAAGUGGAAGGUAAUCCAAAGGUAAAGAUAAAGGACCUGAUCAACAAGGCACAAAGGAAAUGGAAUUUGACAGUGAUAACUUCGAUGGCAGCUAGGUCUAGACAAGCUGCAUUGGAGGAGAUUCAGGGAGCUUACCGAAAGCAGUAUAAAAGGAUUGCUGACUACUGCUCGGAGCUGCUACGGGCUAAUCCAGGGUCAUCAGUCACACUCAAGGUCCAGAGGUCCCCUGAUUUCGAGGUUGAGGACCAGCACCAGGGGUUAAACAACUAUUGCAUCUUUCAAAGGGUAUAUGUGUGUCUAGCUGCUUGUAAGAAGAGCUUCCUGCAGUGUAGAAGGUUUGUGGGAUUGGAUGGGUGUUUUCUAAAGACACCUCAAGGAGGGCAGUUGUUGACAGCCGUUGGGUGGGAUCCGAAUGAUCAAAUGCUUCCAAUUGCGUACGCUGUUGUGGAGGCAGAGACAAAAGACACCUGGAAGUGGUUUCUCCGGUUGCUAAUUGAUGAUUUUGGAGUCGAGAUCAUUGGGAAAACAACCUUCAUGUCUGAUCAGCAGAAGGGACUUUUGUCUGCAUUUGAUGAAGUCAUCCCUGGAGUAGACCAUAGGUUCUGUGUCCGCCAUCUUUACAGCAAUUUCAGGAAGAAAUUUCCUAGACUACAGUUGAAACAACUGAUGUGGAGGUGUGCAAAGGCUACUCAUUGGAAGGAAUGGGAGAAAGAGAUGCUAAUCAUCAGGCAAAUCAAUGUGGAUGCACACAGACAUUUGAAUGCUAUUCCUCCAAGAUUUUGGAGCAGGUCCAGGUUUAAUUUUCAUUCUAAAUGUGACACUCUUGUAAACAACAUGUGUGAGAGCUUUAAUGGUGUUAUAGUAGAGUCUAGGGAGAAACCUAUAGUGACAAUGUUGGAGGAUAUCAGGGUUUAUUUAAUGACUAGAUGGGCUGUUAACAGAGAAAGAAUAAAAAACUUUAAUGGUACACUUCUACCUCGCAUUAGGAUGAAACUAGAGAGGAGAGGCAGAUCUGCUGGUGAGUGGAGGCCUUACUGGUCUGCUGCACAAACAUAUGAGGUUGUUAAUGGACUGAAUAAAUUUGCUGUUGAUCUUUCUGCUCAUGAGUGCUCCUGUAGGAAGUGGCAGCUUAGUGGUAUUCUCUGCACACAUGCUAUAAGCUGCAUCAAUUUUAAGGGUCUUGACAUAGAUGCAUUUGUUGAUAACUGCUACAAGAAGGCUGCAUAUGUCAAGUGCUAUGAUUCAGUCAUCAAUCCUUUAAAUGGCCCAGAUUUAUGGGAGAAAACCAGCUUUGAUAAUGUCAUGCCCCCACCCUAUCGAAGGCCUAGCCACAGACCAGUCAAGAAGAGGAAGAGAGGACCGGAUGAAGCUCCGGACAGCAGCCAGACACACUUGUCUAGGAGGGGACAAAUCCAGAGAUGCUCAAACUGUGGUGAAUCUGGACACAAGAGGGGAGGAUGCAAGAAGCCAUCCAUGGAUGACUAA